AAUCCAAUAUCAGUAUCCCGGGUCAACCUCUACAAGUAUGUACGGAUUGUCGAUCAUUGCUUCCGAACGAAUCCAAACCCCUUUGACCAACAACGGUACAAAGCUUGGGAAAAUUCCCCCUUUCGGUCUAGCACCAAGCCACAUAUUUGCGUUUAUCCAGAGUGAAUCGCGGGGUACCGCCCUGCCUGGUCGUUCUUGAUCGUCGCAGCGUUGAAUACGAUUGCCGAUAUCAACAGCCGGCCUUGAAUGCUAUACUGACAACAUUGCUUAAGCGAACGCUUCUCAUCGUCGAACUCAAUGGCUAAACGGUAUACACAGGAUGUAUAAGCUGGGUGCCAAAGAGCCGCGGCCCGAUUACCGGUGUCUAAGCUUCGAUGCGUCGAAAGGUCCAAACAGUUAUUGAAAAGCAGAUGAGAAGAACUGGAAAUGUAGAGCAUCAAGUGUUCUGAGAUCCCCUCAGCAUCAACAUGUACACCUCUCUGGUUUGGGCGCUCCUUGGAGCCAGCAGCGUACUCGCGGCGCCGCCUCACCCACCUCACCCGGGCAAAACCGACAGCUACACCAACGUCACCAUCUACGAUCCAGGAAACAAUUCCCAGCCGAGCUACCCGCGGACCCUCGAUCUCAAGGACCAGAGCAUCCUCGCGACAUGGAACAGCUUCAGCGGCUCCGGCGACGCCUUGGCCAUCUAUAGGUCCACGGACAACGGCCACACCUGGAGUCCCUACGGUAGCUGCAAGUCGGACGUGCCAGGCCGCAGACUGGUGCAACCUCACAUGUUGCAGCUGGACAAGAGGUUCGGCAAGAAGUACGAGGGUACCGUGUUGCUGUCCGUCAACGCCUGGGACAGCAAUAGCACGAACAUUGAGCUCUACUCCAGCCGGGACAAUGGCAAGUCGUUCAAGUUCGAGAGCAGGGUUGCCGUCGGCGGACGCGCAAAUACUACCAAUGGUGCUACGCCUGUCUGGGAGCCGUUCCUGUUGCAGCACGAGGACAAGCUCAUCGUCUACUACUCCGACCAGCGCGACCCCAAGCACGGCCAGAAGCUCGCGCAUCAAACGACCCGAGGCACGCUCAACAACUUCGGCCGCGUCAUUGACGACGUCGCCCUGGCCAACUACACCGACAGGCCGGGCAUGACGACCGUGGCAGAGCUCCCCAACGGCCAAUGGAUCCUCACCUUCGAGUACGCCCGCGUCAUCAACGCCGCCGGCGACUACAAGUACCCCAUCUUCUACAAGCUCUCCCGGGACCCGGAUAACUUCACCAAGGAGCCCAUCCACCAGCUCGUCGUCGACACGGGCGCGCAGCCCAAUGGCGGACCCGUCGUCACCUGGACUCCCUAUGGAGGCAAGAACGGCACCAUUGUUGUGUCGGACAGUGACUUGGAGCCCGUGUGGAUCAACCAGGCGCUUGGUCAGGGUAUCUGGAAGCAGUUGAAUGUCCCUGCUGGAGGUGGUUACUCGAGGGAGGUCAAGAUCCCCGCCAACAACGACAAGAACCUGCGCAUCACGGCUGGUGCGUCGUAUGGCCAGGACACGCCGGCAAAGAUCUUGAUCACGCUGAUUGACCUGGAGAAGGCUCUGCCCAAGAAGCAUGGGCAUGACGAUGAUGACGAUGAUGAUGAGUGAUCGGUGUGAAAGCAGUGUUUGUCUACCCGGUACAACGUUGGUCGACAUCCGGCGGCCGAUAGGGCAUAAAAUACCUGCAUAUAAUGAAUGAAAUCUUCACAAGGGACGC